AUGAAUCCACGUGCAAAAACACAGAAAAUAUUUAUUGAGCAGCUUUAAAUUGGUGCAUUUUUUUUCAUAAAAGAGUUUGCAUAAUACUUGAAGCUGCAAAAUAUUUGAAUUUAAAAUUAGAGAUUUUUUUAAAGAUGUAGCUUCAAGCUGGAAUGGUUUGAUAAUCAAAUAAGGACCAGCACAUCAUAAACACUGAAAAAAAUCUAAACAGAAUUUACACUCUCACACCAACCAAACACUGGAAAAAUUACAAGUGCAAUUACUGGCUGCUAUGUGAACUGUUACCUACCAAACGGUUUUCCUACAGUACUGAGAUUUUUGUCUCCAUACUGCAUGCUUUCAACAAAUGUGGUUUGCAUUUCACCCAGGAAACACAGAAUCUCCUUUUUAAUAUCUAUAUAAAAAAAGCUAAGUGUUUGACAAUAAGUUCUCUAUAGUAAAUAGCUGACAGGGAAAAAACUGUUCAAAGUUCAAAACGAAUAGAGAUUUAUAACCCCGCAGCGGUAAAAUUCAUAUUAAAUUCAUAAAUUGGAAAACCACAGAUGGAGAAGAGAUGGGUUUUGGAGAAAGGCAAGAUGGUAGAUUGAAUGAAGAAAACUUUGAAGUGAGUAAGAACUGCAUGGGAGAGAUGAUUUUUUGAAUGUUUCUUAAAAUUUAAGGCAAUAACUUGUCAAAUAGCACUGGGAGAAUGGGAGAUCCGGAGGUGGCCUGAGAGGUCAGGAAAAGAGAACUCAUGAUGUGCUGUGUUUAGUUAUCUCUUCAAGAAGAAAGAGGGGCUUGAAGAAGCGGAUGUGUAGACAAAUGUGAUAAACAGAGAUGUAGUUGUAAAUAGGUAUUUGGAAAUUAUGGCAUCCUUCCAGGUGAAAUAAAAAAAUGCUGAGAGUAGCUACCAGGAAGCAAAAAUGGCACAACCUCAACCCACAGAAGUAGAUAAACAGUCAAGAACAUGGAUCACCUGAACUGCAAGAAAAGUUUUUGGCAAAGCACAGAUUGAAAAAAUGAAGGUUGAAAAAAGUUGUUUAAGAUGGAGAAUGCUUAGAUAAUCCAAAAAGAUUAGGCUUUUCUUUCAAAGCGGGAAAAGAGGAUUGUUUCAGAGCUGGAAAGGCAAUAUGAAAAAAUAGAUUAUUUUAAUUAUUUCUGGAAUGUUGCGGCAAUCAAAGUAUCAAGAGCACAAUAUUAAAAGAUAACUUUCUCCUCCCUCACAUUUUUUUGAAAAUCAUCUUUUAUUAAAAGGGCUACAUAGAAAAGAAAGCUACAGAGAAACAGGUCUGCUCCCACAGACACACUGAACUCCAACAUGAAUAUAAGGUAGAAUAAGAUACAAUAAUACAUCACAGAAAGUGGAAAUUAUGAUUGAAAAAAAUAACAUAAGGCAAAGAACAAUCAUGGCAGCACAAAGAAAGCUGAGGAAAAGAUUUGUCACGGCAACGGAAUAUCUCACUGCUGAAGGUGCAGGAAGCAGCCUCAGAAGCCGCCAGUUUUCUCAGAUAAUUUUUAAGCUCUGAAGUAAGACCAGAGCUGUGCUCUUCACAGAGAAUCACCGGACAAGGUCAUUUACCUGCAGCAGGAGCCGAGGCACUCCACAAGAUUAAUUCAGUCAGAUGCAGCAAACUGGCUUGUGCGAGGGUCUGAAUAACCCUGUGUCCUGAUACAAAGCACAACUUACAUUGGGAACAAGGACCGUGCAGAAGUCUGGAAACUGAAUCCCCAAAAGAAUGUAUCGCUCACAAUGUGUUGUUCAAAAGGAACGAGCAUUUAGAGAAUGUGUUUUCAAAUAGAGGUUUGUCAUGUUUUAGUUAAAGCUUUUAGCGAUGUGAUGACAGAAUGUGGGAAAAUGAGGCCUUCACUGCAGAAGGAGUUUUGGCAUUGCCCUGAAGAGAAGGACUACAAGAGGAGUUAAACAGAGCUGGAGAUAACCAAACCAGGUGCUGAUGAAGGAACAGAAAGUGGAAAGUGUGAUUCACUCGGCAAAGAAACACUUUCUUGGCGUAGACAUGGUUUUGCUCAUUACUUCUUUGGGGAGGAAAGUAUAAGCCCAAAUGUUGGAUGGUCGGAGCACGUGGCUGCAGCGGUAAGCGCACUGCAGAGAUGGGGGAUGGUCUUGUUACAAACCAGAAAAGGAAUUAGAAGAUGCAAGCAUACCUGAUGAACGAGUAAACAGUGCUGAAGAAAAGAAUUUAAACCUCAGAAUAAAAAAGCUGGAGAAGCUGGAGCAAAAACUGAAAGGUGUUCUAGAGGACUAUGUGGAAUCAGAUUCUGUCCUAAGAAAUAGGACGAAAGAGCUGGAGCUGUCACACAGAACACUUCUUGUGAUGAUCAAUCAACUAAAUGUGAAGUUGCACCAGGUUGAAAAUGCAAAUGUUCGUGUUAAAGGGAAACUGCGAAACAUUCAGAAGGACCUGAUCAGCUGGGUUGAAAACCAAGAAAAGUCAGAGAAGAAGCAAAAGGAAAAAUUACAUUGGCUUCAGGAGCAGCUGAAGACAAAAGAAGAUGAAUUAAAAAGCCAGUCAGAGUAUUUUGAGCACUACAAGCAAAGGCAGAGACAACACACAGCAGCACUGAGAGAAAGGGAAUGUUACCUUCGGGGUGAAGUAUCUAGGCUAGAAAAGCAAGUCCUGGAUCUUAAUGCCCGUAUUGCUCUUUUGACAUUUGAGUUAGAAGAGGGAAUGGUGCAGUACCUCCAGCAGAAGCUGGAAUCAGCAUACAGUGGGGCUCAGGGCUAUAAACACUCUGAUGUGGACUUAAAGGAAUUGAAAAGUUGCAUUGAAAAUGUGGAGCAUGACAUGAAAAGCCACCUCGAGGUAUUUCAGCAAAAUCUGGAGUUCUUAAGGGAAAAAGAGGAGGACAACAGAAGAGAACAGGCAGACCUGCUGACUGAACUCCAGUGCUCUCAGGACACCGAAGACUUUCUCAGAAGAAAACUGGAAGAAUCUUGCCAUCAUGUUUAUUGUCUGAAAUUGUCUGAAAUCAAACUACAGGAAAAAAUAGAACAGCUUUUGGAUGAAAAUAGAGCUUUAAAAGAUGAAGGUACAGUGAAGUCAAAAAAGAAGAAAGAAAAGGACUCACAACUUACAAGACUGGAGAACAGAGACAACAGUCCUGACCUGAAUGGAGGUCUAAUCCAGGAUGACGUUCAAAAUCUGAAAUGGGGAGCAGUCUUGGAUUCACUCAGAGGCAGACCUAACCAAACUCCAGCUGUGCAGCUACACGGUAAAGAGUCUGGAACACCAGGAUGCAGCCGUGAUGGGCUAAAGCAGAUGGAGGAGCUACCAGUAGAACUUCUACCAGUUUUGGAAGACAAUUCCAGUACCUUUGCAAAAGUUGCUCGUCUAGCUGAGAUUGAGCAGGUCACCCUUGGAACAAAGAGGGCAGGUACUCUAGAAGAUGGUUUCACUUUGUUCAGAUGUACCCCAAGUUAUUGUGCAGCAAGACGGCUUCCCCCUUGCUCUGAGGAGUUAACUAAUGAUGAGACAAGUAAGGGAAACAAAGACAAAGAAAAAUUUUUUCUCUUGAAGGAACAAGCUGUAAAUCUACCUGUAAAGAUGUUCCCUGUUUCUGUGGUUGACACUCUGAUGGGGAAGAGGAGGCUCCAGCUUACCUUGUUAGAACCUGAAAGCUACCACGUAUCAGCUGGCACCACUGUGAAGAGCGUGAGGAGUUUGGGUUUCUGUGAGGCAAAUACCCAUCUUGGCUCUGAAAGACUCUGCCUUGUUGCAGAAGGAAGAUUUUCUGACAAAGCUUCUGCACUUCUUUGUGGAAAGAUGCCUUGCACUGUGACUGAAAUUUUUGCAUCAUCUCUAGAAAAAUACAGUAUGGAAAAACAUUGGGAAGGCAAGCGAAUUCUGCCAAAAAGCAUAAGUGAAAAUAAAUGUCUGGAUAAAGUUGUUGAUCAUGGAAAUUAUCACCAAAAAAACUUUAGAGGGAGAGUUAAAGCAGAAGAAAUACAGAACAAGGAAGCCCAACCACAACAGGAGAUAUGUCUUCCUGAGGAAAGUUCAGGGGGUUUAAAGAAAACUGAAUUAAUCAGGCCUAGGAAGCAAGGAAUGGAAGCCAAAGACAGCCUAGGUAGCCCACAGGAUGUCCGAAAUGUAUCUGUUGAUUUUAAAGACUUAAAGAAGUACUUCGAAGGGAGCGCUGAACUAAUGGAGAAGCAAGGAAACCUCUCAAAAAUCUGCAUCUCUGAUGUGAAUAGGGUAUAUAAUGGAGAAGGCAUAAUCCAAGUGGAGGAGAAAGGAGAGCAAACUCAGAAACCAGCUCACCAAACAAACCCUUCCAACAGUAUUGGCCUGGAAGAAAAGAAAGACCAGACUCGGAAACUGUGUGAACCAAAGAAGAAUUUCUCAUGUCAAAAAAUAGCUGCUGAAAACAUGCAACAUGCAUACUCCCAGAAAUUUUUUUGGUCAGAAGAGAGAUGUCUGCUAAAUAUACUGUCUGCUGUGCAGGACGGGGCUGUGUGCUUAAGCAAACUCUUCCGGCAAGGGAGCAAUUCUUGUGAAUGUCUGUCUCAUCUUCAUCUCUCACCACUGGAAGCUGGUAGUGAACGUCAUGUGAAAAUAUAUGCGCUGGAAAAAGUGGUGGCUGUGUGUUUUCAGAGGAUAUUUCUACUGAUGGAAGAGAAUGAAAAUUAUUCAAAAAAAGUCUGUAUAUUACAACAGGAGAAUGAGAAAUAUGCCCAGAUGAUGUGUGCACUGGAAGAGGAAAUGGAUGCAUAUUUUCAAUACAUUUUAGCGGUAGAUGAAGCUAACAUUGUUUCAUUCCAAAACUUACUUAAUGAGGAAGAAGUUGCUGGUGGAUGUUAUAUUAACUUAUCAGAAGAAAACACCAUGAGCCCGAGAACAUUUUUUGUUGAAACUUCUAAGAACCUCUCAUAUGUUGAAGAAAGAAACGGGAAUUCUGAAAAAGAUUCAUUGACAAUUGCAUCAAAUAAACUUCCCAGGAGCGUUUUAUCCCUGGACGGAAGGAAAGUGAGAUCUUUCCAGCUGCUUUCUGUCCUGAAAGAAGAAAGAAGCAGAUGCUUCAAAGAAAUAGCUAAAUUAUUGCAAGACAAGGAGAACUAUGUAGCAAAAUAUAAUGAAUUAAUACAGGAGAGAGAGAGGAAUUUACAAAGAAUAUCUCUCUCAGAAGGUGAAAAAGAAACUUUAUUGGGAUGUUUGGCAGAGGUGAAGUGUGAACAAGACAAAUACAGGGCCUUGGUUUCAGAACUUCAGGAAUGCAAAAACAGCUGUUAUCAAACUAUUUCUGAUUUACAGGAGGAAAAAUGUGUACUAAAAAGAGAAAUAGACAGAAUAAAGAAAGAAACUUCAGAACAGCUUGAUGCAUUUCAGAAAGCAAAUGCAAAAUUUAUUUUAGAAAAUAACAAAUUGAAAGAAUUAAUGUCUUCUUUGGGUUUCAGCUAUGAAGAGCUGAGAAAAGAUACAAGUUUGGGAGCAAAGGAAAAGAUAGUAAAACUAGAAGAAAGUCAACAACAUGGUCUUAAGCCAAAGAAAGUUGAAACAACAUGUAGUGUAACUCAGACUGGAGAAGGAGGAGUUCUGGUUAUAGAGCCCUCAAACUAUCUUCCUGGAAAAGAGGGCAGCAUGUUUGAAAGCUACAGUGUGAUGAAAGACCAAGUCGAAAAGGCAAAAGGGGAACUAAAAAUGCAGCAAAAGGAAUUAGAAAAAUCAAAAAAAGAGGCUCAGAAGUGGUACAGAGAACUUGGCUUUGCUGAAACAAGGUACGAAGAAAUCAAAAUCCGUUUGACACAGGCUCUCUCAGAAUUAGACCAUCUUAAACAAGAAGUUGGGGAAAAAAUGCUUGGAAAGCAGAACUGGAAAUUAAUGCCUGUGUACACUGUGGAAGAUGCCCAUGAAACAGAGGAAAAUAAAAUAGCCAGUAAGAGAUUACAGCAGCAAGUGCUGACCUUGAAAGCCCAGCUCAGGGACCAGGCUGCAUUACAAAAUCAGUUUCGUGACUUGCAGAAUGAAGUGGAACUCCUUCAGGCUCAGUUGGGUGAAAAGGAAAAAGAACUUCAGAAGAGAAAGUCUGAAAUGAAGUUGGCACUAGCUCCACUGAAGGCUAAACUGGCUUCUCUCACACGCAAGUGCCAGGAAAGGAACAGCUUCAUUAAAAGGUUGCAUGGCGAAUGUCACAGGCAAGGAAUUAUUAACUCUGCUUUUGAUGAAGAGGUGAAAAACUUGGUGAAUGACGUGGCCCUGGCCGAGUACACAGCCACCUUUACACCAGUGUGUGACCAAGAGGUGCUGCCUUCUUCCACAGACCUUUCAGAGGCCAAUGGGCAGCCAGAGGGUCAUGAGACAAGCAUCAAAGGGAACGGGAUGACUGGGUCAAUACCUGCAGACUCUCAGCAAGAGGUGGAUAGCAUCCAUAGCUCUUGCAUCACUCCAAACAUGUAUGCUGGUUCUCCUAUCAAAUUAACAAGCCCAGAGAGGAUCAUAGCCUUGCAUCGAGAACUAAGGCAAAACCAUUGCAAAAAUUGCCAGAUACCUUCGGUUGUCUCCUCCAAGUCAAAUCCCAAGGCUGACUGCAACCUGCCCAUGAUCCAUGAGGAACCCCCUUGGCCUCUGCUGUCAAGGAUGAAGGAUGCACUGGUGCCUCCGGAGCGUAAUGCUUUCUGGGCCACACAGGGGAGGGAUCGGUUGUUGAAAUGUGAUGAUGUAUAUUGGGGUCAAAUCGGAAAUCAUCAUGCAGGUGCUAUUCCCCAGGGAACGAAACAGAGAAAUGCCGUUAUGAAUAAGGCAUGGCCCUCUAGAGAAAAAACAGAUGGCUCAACCUCAGCUACCACAGCAAAAAGCUAUUUGUCAGACGUGUUGUCAGCAAGUAAUAAAGGUCGAAAUCCUGUGGGGAGAAAUCAGCUACACAGGAAAGAAUAAAACCCGCAGAAAUAAAACAAGGUAAAGCAUCUUAGCAAUGUGAUUUCCCCAUUGUUACAGAUGUACUAAAAACUUUGUAAAACAAAGAUAUUUUUCUGUUUAGCAUGGUCUAGCAACUAGUUUGAGAUGACUGGAGAAAUUACAUGAAAAUAGCUGUCAUAAUUUCUGUGAUCAAAAUUUCUUUGAACAUUUGAGGUCACUGAAGCCUAUGGAUUUUUCAGUAGCCAGGCUGCCUCCCCGUUUUUUUUCUCACUGCUUUUUUAUGAUUUGCUUUUCUGUUAACUGAGACUGUGAAACAAUCUAUUAGAUAGCUGUUAUAUUUUAUGUAUAACCCAUAUCUGCGGUGUGUGGCGGCAAGUUCUGAAAGAACAUCGGCCUCACAUGACUGUUUGCUCUAGAAGUUAAGAAAAUGUGGUGUCACGGACUUCCUAGAAAUCCAUUUUACAGAAAUUGGUGGGUAGUUAUGCUGUUAGUGUUUCUUCAGUGUCUUGUAUUUUUUUUUAUUUUAUCUUUUUUUUUUUUUUUAAUAAGCUGACGUACAGCAGGAUACUCAAUGUAUUCCUGCAGAUGGUAGCACCUGUAAAAAGUUGUUACUUUUCAGUAACAAAUUGCAGCUUAACUUGAGUAGUUUUACUGGAUGUGUCCCUGAUCGCUUUCUUCAGGUGACCACUUGGGCAGCACGAGUGCAGUAAUGUCUGAGCUCAAGGGGUGGAUGGUUCAGACUGCACCCUGGGCUGCCAAAGCCCUACACCUACAACAGGGAGAAGGGGAUGCAGCGCCAGGCCACCUGCACUAGCACAGCUGUGGCAGUGCUUUCUCAUAGUCUGGCUCAGAAAUAGUUGUGUUCUGGGCUGCAUGAACCUUUAAUGGAUCUUGGUUAUGGGAGGGAGGAGAGAAGAGUGUCUGUGCCAGUACGUGUGUGUACUAACACCAGUUGACUCUGGGAAGUUUAACUGAGCAUAGUUGUAAAUUCCCCAAAACACUGAUUUAUACUGGGAUCCCACCAGAGUUAACACUUUUGGAAAACCUCCAUUAUUCACAUGUCCCAGUUAUCUUUAUUUUUAAUGACUUUUGUUAGAAAAGGGUGUUUUUAACACACAGUAAUAUGUGGCGCUGUUCCUGUGCUUUUCCUCUGCCACCAUUGAUUGCCCCAGCUGGUUCAUAGUGCAUUACUAUUUUGUUUGAUGCUGCUUUUUGGAAGCCAAAAUCAAAAUGACUGCUUUUGAAGAAAUAUUAAUGCACACACUCACACUUUUGGGGGAAACCUGUCUCCAUUUGCUCAGUAAGGUAGCAGUGCAAUUGCUUACAGCAGUAACUGAAUUGGUCUUCAUCCGGCAUGUCUUUAGUAAAUACACACCAGAUGCCAAAGGAAAUAGCUCCUGGAAGUGAUGUUUUGGAGCACUGUCUAAGCAGAGGAGACACCACUGAGGUUCCAAAAUCUGGGCUUCUGUUUUCAUGUGUCUUUUCUUCCUAAUACCUGCCCAGCACUUCUGAUAGUAGAUAUACCUGAUACCCAGCCACCAGCUGUCUUGUCAAAUGUUAAGAUACUUUGAUGUGCAAAACCACUCGUAAAUAUUUAACGUGGUAACUUUUACAUUGAUAAAAUGAUGCUUGAAGAGUUAGCACUUGCGAAAACUUUUUUGGAGCUUUAUCUUGCUGACAGUAAAAAAGCCUGGUAGUUCAGUCUGGAGGUCAGAUCAUAAUGCGUGAAGUGUGCUAGUAAAAUAUGGGUGUUAAUAAUACCCUGUGAUAAGAAGGUAGUAAGUCUUUGUUAUCCUAGUGUAGCUAUCUACUUUGUGAUUGAGAGCGUAGUAACUUACCAUGAAAUUAAGCCUUUCUCAGUCCAGUCCCUUUCUAUCAAAGGCAAGUAUGGUUUAUUUUAAACUAUCAGUCUUCGUUUUAAGCUAAUUAGGUUAUUUGGCCCCAUUCUUCCUUCUGCUGGAAUUAAUAAUUUUCUGAACAAGGGCUGCAGACACACACAGGUGUAGAUGGCAGACAGACAUUUGCAAGCAUAUUACCUGCACUGAAGCACCGCAAUGCAAAAUGGACUCAAGCAAUUCCUCAGGCAAAUGGAUUCUGUGCUGGCACUUUGUAGCUUUGCUUCACAAGUCAACAGAUCUCAGUUAAAAUCCUGCAGCUCCUUGUGUUUAUAAGUUGUUAAGACAUUCAUCCUACUAGAAAGCAUCGUUUAUAUUUGUGCAGGUGCCACAGUUGUCGUUUGGCCCACUGUUUUAGCUGCUCUUAAUUUCUCUUAAGUAAAAAUGUGAGAUUUCAGACACUGCAGUGGUUUUCUUUAAACCUCUGUCCUACUCCAUUUUUUCCCACUACUGAAUGGGCAAAUGAGAAGUGGUAGUCAGAUUAUGCCAAAUAAUGUGCCAGUUGAUGUACGAGAAGAUCAGAUGAUGCAUUGCACCAGGAAACAAGGUCCUUCAAAUUCUUUAAACACAGUCAUUUAUAGAAACCAGCUCCAAGAUGUACAGAGGCCGGAUGGUUUGUAUAUUGGUGUCCUGCCAAGCUGAGGUCCUUUGGGAUUCUGAGCUUGCUGAGUGACUCAUACAGAAUAAUUAAUAUCGCCCCGUAUUCUGUAAAUGGUUUAGGGUUUUAUGAAAUUGAGGGUGAUCAGUAGCAAUGUGCUUACAGCACACAUCUGAACAGUUGACUUGUGUUGAGUCACCUGUGAUCUGCUGUUUGUCAUCCAUCGACCCACCCAAGUCAAGCACAUUAUCCAUACUUGACUGAACAGUCAGGACACUUGGAAGGAGGCUGGAUGGCAGCAUGCUUCCUACCAACAGAUGUCACUGAGCCUGCUUCCCAUGCAGACUCUUCUGCUUACAAAGAACAGCACAGAAAACUCUUAGCUAGGAUCAGUAGUUCACAUCAAGUGAGUGUUUAUUAAUGUAUUCAGGCAAUAUAUGCCCAGUUCUUAUUUUCUGUACUUGAACUCUCCAGUACUAAAGUCAAAAUAUCUCAUUUUAGCAGCAAAGUAAUCUCUGUUCCCUCUAGUUUUAACAGAAGUAUUCCUCAGAAAUAGAAUAUAAGUGCAAUGCAUGGAAUUAGAAACCUGAAAUGGUACAUAGUGCUUUUUAAGGGCCAUGUGAAAAAUAAACUUCAAAAAGGAAACUCAUGGUGUACCUGAGCCUACAAAUACAUGGUAAAGUAGUUUGUACCCUCUUUGUAGGGAGGAACUGAAAUCUGACAAUCAGAAACCACUGAAAGGAAUAGCCAUUCUCGUAUGACAGGUAAAAAAAAGGGAAAAAAAAAAAAAAAAAGGAAAAAAGAAUUCAUAGCUUUCUCCCAACACUGAACAAGCAGGUUUAUGUAAUCAAAAAAACCUAAUAAUUCUCCUGCACUUGUGCUUCAUCUCUUUUGCUUUUCCCUGGUAGGAGAGGGAACCUACUGCCAGUUUUUAUGUUCAGAUGAAAAGAAACAGAAUACCUACAAUGACACAAUGACACCUCAUGUGUAUUUUAAAGAAAGUUCUCUUUAGUCAAUGCAAUUCUUGUAUUAGAUGACUACUUCUAUUCCUCUUAUUUUUCAGGAAAACAGCAUCCAUAAUAUUUAAAAAAAUAAUAAAUUGCUCUGUAUUUUGUCUACACUCACCUGUGCAUGCAGUCUUACUUAACUACCAAAAAUUCAUUAUAGAGGUUCAAAAGGUAAAGUCUGUUGCCAGUUACAUUUUAGAAACAUCUAAACAGACAUGGUUUGGUCAUAAUUGGUGGAAGGGUCUGCAUCCCUCUUUGAGAACUGGUCUGCUGGAGAAGGCCUGAAAGGCGCUGGAAACUAGGGAAGAAAUCAGGACUCAGUGUCUUUAAAGUAAGGGCCGAUGUCUGCUCUAGUUUCUCCUGGAGAUUAAACAUUUGUAGAAACUGCAGGCUCUGGAAGCCUGCCACUCCCCAUCUAUUGCUUAUCUUGUGCUGUGAAAAGCUUUUGUGCACAAUAGGGAUUUGAGGAUCAGAUCUGAUGCUCAGCCCAUGCUAACUUGGUACCCUACUCAGGACUGAUAUUUGUAUGGGUCAGAACAAAAACAAGUUGCCCAUGGUUAAACAUUCUGUAGUCCUUAAUAAAUUGUGUUUCUAUUUUUUGGGUAGCAAUUCUGAUUUGUAAAAACACUAAUGUCUUCUUAGUAGCAGCCUUUUCAUUUAGCCCUUAAGCUGAUGGAUAUUAAAGCUCCUAAUUAAAACCAGAUAAUGCAUGAAAGAUUUCUACAGUGCAGACCUUCCUCUUAAGGCCCGAUUAAACCAAGAAACUCCCACAUCUGUUUCUACAACUAUAUUCUCAGCAGGUCAGGCAGCUGGUAGCAUUGAUUUAAGUCCAUCUUUCUUGCAUGAGCUUUUUCUUGGGAAUAAAGAGAACACGAAAGGCUAGGACAGAAAAUGGAGUAUUUCAGAACCUUUGGCCUGUUACAUUUAGCUAGGAACAUUGUCUUUCCGCAAUCUGGGGCUCUGAUCCUGUCAGUCAGGAUAAUGGUGAACCCUAGAAUAAUGUGUUCAUUUACAUAUGAAUAUGUACAUAUUGUUUAUGUGCAUACACAUAUAUCUAUAUAUAAUUGCAUGGGGCUGACAUAAAUAAAGGUAGGAUAAAAUAAUGGGGAGAAGUCAUUUUCCACAGAUCUUUCUCUCUCUUCUCCCCUUCCCCCUUUCAUUUUUCCUCUCUCUGUUGGGAUUUGCUAAUAGCGGUAGGGACAUGAGAAGAGGCUGAUUUGUUUAUUUUUUUAAAAUUAUUAUUUUAAAGAGUGAAUUUAAACCUUAAGUUAAGAGGAAAUAAGACUAUGCAGUGGAAGUUCUGGUUGAACCUUGACUCUACUGCAGGUUAAAAUCCAGGUGUGUAUCAAUCUAUCUUCCCUUUCCCAAAUGCAUCAGUUUCCAUGGGAAGGCAGCUCACUCGUGCGCUCUGCCUGCCAGCCCGAGUGUAGAUGGGACCAGGGCAAGGGGGGGCACUCACCCUGGAGCACCUUAUCCUCCCCAUUGCCUCUUUUGCUGCUGAAAGAAGUGAUGAAAAAAGAUCUGUGGUUGUAUAAAAUAUUCUCAGCACAUUUUUGCCUUGUUUUUUUAUGCAUAAACUAUUGAACCUUUACUGGUUUGGAGUUAGGCACCAGCGAAAAUGCCAGGUUCCCACCGUGGAAGCUAGGCUGACUUGUGCCCGUGUUGAAGAUCUCUCGAACAUGUAGCCACUAUCCUAUUCCAUGCAAUACAACCUGUCUGCGUUUGGAAAGCUCAGUGCCAUGUGGAAAGUCCUGGAGAGAACAUGUUAUGGCUGGUGAAGCAAGCAGCCCUUAAAAAGAAGGGGGCUGGGGACGGGUAGGAAAAAAGAGCUGGAGGAUCCCAUUACAGAUGAUGGGUCAGGUUCACCAGGGUGCCACAGCAGCUCGGUUUCAGUCUGGUGAUCCAGCGCAGCUGGCUUCCCAGGCACUGAAACAGAAAUGCCCAAGCCAUUAGUGAAUCAGGUCAAGUAUCUAAGGAUGGAGAGAGAGAGUUCUUUUUGUGGUGGGUUACUGGGAAUAUUUCAUUGACAGUUACUCAGAAAUUAAGAUGUUAUCUGUUCUGCAUAGCCACUGAAUUUUUGGUCACAGUGUGAGAACGUCGGGCGGAGUAAAGGGGAAUUUCAGCAAAGGUUUCCUCAAAGUUCACUUGGGUCAGACUUGUAGUAAUUGUAUUUGGACAAGGUAGUGAGAAGCUUUCAAGCGCGCGGCCUUUCAGCAUAUGGCUGUCUGGCGAAGCCUUCUUCAAGUGAGAAGUUCCUGGAGCACAUUAUCGAUUUUUGUAACAGGGCUCCGAGGCUGAAAGUUGCGAGCUGUUCUUUCUCACCCUUAGUGAAAGCCGCAGCUAAAAAGGGAGGAUGUGGCCGUCUCUCGUUGCCCUCCCUUGCCCCCACCAUCUGCUGGGUGCUGCCUCUCUGCUUUCCCAUCUGUGGGCUGGGGACUCUGUCUCCCAGCAGCUGCAUCUUUGUUUCCAGCUGGCUGCAGACAGGCCCUGCUGGUGAGCAGGCUUUAGCAUCUUGGGGUGAGGGUGCCAGGCUGGAGAGUACCCCUCAUUUGCGGCUGUGCAGAGAGCUCUGCCUGGGGGGCAUAGGGCUGCUCUUGUCUCUCAGAGGAGCUGAUUUGUAGGAGAAACUGCACACCCUCAUGUGGCUGCUCUGUGGAGGCAAGGGGCUGCAGUCUGCUCAUCUCUGCCACCCUUACAAUUCCACAUGCCUUUUCGGUGCCAAGAUGCUGUGGUUUCCGAAUGAACAGUUAGUUAGAGAUCUUGUGUGGAUGGUGGAUCUUUUGCAAGUGGCUGUUUAUCGAUGAGCAGACAGGUUGUCUGAUGUACGUGAGCUGGGCAGAAAUAAAGAACAAAUCUACUUUAUAUGGCUCCUAUAUGAUCUAGAUACCUCAUUAUUUUGCAAAGCAAAAGUGUACUGUCUGCAUCCUAUAGCUGGUGAGAAGUGUAGAGAAGCCAAGGUCCAACGGCUUUAAUUAAGAGCACACUGAGCAUUAUCAACACUAAAUUAAGACAUGGUCUCCAGGAGGGCAAUUCCCAAGUCUGACCUGGAAGGUAGAGGCCUUGGUCGUGUAUUUUUUAUGAUGAUGGCUGCAGAGGUUUUCAUCCUCUAAUUUAUAUCUCAUAGGUCAUCACGGCUCUGGCUCUAUUGCCUCCCACCCACUAACAGAAAUUGCCAUCUCCUCAAACCUGUCAGUGCGGCUGUCAAGCGAUAACUCCCUGAAACCAUUUCUGUCAAAAUGAACCUGCUAAAGGGCAGGUGACCACAGAAUGAGCUCUGCAAGUAGUUCUGGGGAAAUAGCAGUGUGUGGCAGAUGGCUGGCUCUGAGUGAGUGUUUGAGAGAGGGUAUUGGAGGCAAUAACCUCUUCAGAUUUUUGAAACCUAAGAAACACAGCUGCAGCUGGUGUGGACAAGUAUCCCAGUGUGUUAGGUGAUAUGAAUUGCAUUCAGAAUAGAAAGUACCUUGUGUGAUGAUGCUUAGAAGAGCCAGAGAAAAUCACUGCUUGUUGUACCCGACAUGUGCAUCUUUCCCAGAGCAGCAUGUUCCUCUAGUCCCCCCCUUUAGAUAUCUCCGUGAACCUGGGAUUUGCACUGACUUUUGCAUGCGGACGGACAAUUGACUCGAUGCUUCCUGGUUCUUCUCGGGUGACACAACAUCUUUACUAGGCUACAGAAUUAAGCUCUUUAUUGCUUACAGCUCAGCCAGCUUUGCAGACCCUCACAGCAGUGACUGUCAGAUGUCUGGCUGCCAGGCAGGGAGCUUGUUAUCACGUGUUUAGGAGCAAAACUUAAUUCAUGCUGUAGGGAGCGUGAUUCCUUGAAACAUGUAUGUCUGAAUUAGUGUCCUGGGGUCCCUGACAAUCAUGAAGAGAAAUCAGCACUUGAUCUAUAGGACAGGAUCCACCUCAUCUUAAUGUAUAUCUAAAAUAGGCAAGAUGAUCUGCAUUCUAGGGGUGCCUUUUUCAACUCAGACUAUGAAGAUGAGUGGAGAGGGACUGCCUCAGAUGUCAGCUCUACACUGCAGAAGAAAGGGAGGGUGAUUCCCACCUAAGGUACUGUGACCAAGGUCAUAUGGAAUUUGGUUGUGGCAAUUCGGUAGUGCCUUGCAGGACAAAGACUUGAAAUCUUCCUCCUGUAUCCUAGGUGACUGCUUUGAACACUGGACUAGCUUUCUUGUAAGAGACAAUGGACAUUAACACUUGGGAACCUCUCUUUUGUGUUGUUCUAGCUUUUUUUUUAAUGUUCUGCCUGAGGACUUAAUUCUUGGUACUUAUACCUUGGAUUAACUAUAUAGUUUUGUCUUAAUUUAUAGUCACCAACUCUGGAUUCACUGUAAGAUACUGAGGUACCAGUUUGUAAGUAUAUUAAAUGGGAAAUAAAGCAUGUAUGUAUAUCUGCAGGCUUGUUGACCUGACAAAUUCUCCUGAGGCCCCAGGAGAUCAGAGACACCAUUCAUCGAGUGAGGCAUUGAGCAUAUGCCAGGUCUAGUGCUAAUACUUGGGAGCUUUUGCAUAAAAAUAAGCCGGAUUCACGGUUCUGUGUCUGUGAAAUGUGUGCUUCUCCUCAGCUGCACAUGCUUCCUUUUGAACAGUGUAAAUGAGGACAGUGCAGAAGAGAGGGCAACAACUUAUAAAGCAGUGUAUUCAAACACAUGGUUUCAGCCCGAUCUGUGGAGAGUUUUCUUCCCUGGAUUAGUACCUGCAGUGCUGCCAUUCUCCUGGGAAGUCACAUAAGCACGUGUGUUUCCUUCAGAGGGCUUCUGACCUCUUUUGUGGUGUUCUUCUUAAUUUCUGUGUCCUAAGUAAGGUGAUAUUAAAACAAAUCCUUGUUGGUAUGCUUACUUGGGAGCUUUACAGAGUGUAAAGGAGGGGAAGUAGUUUCUGCUGCUCCUAAAUUGAAAGUAAUCGUUCAAAUUCCUGCAAGUCUCCAGAAGAUGACAUGCCUGCUUAAGAAUGAGCACUGCUCUUUAGAGUGGCAAACAGGAUGCUGGGGACAGAAAAUGUGAUUGUGAGGACACAUCUUUCACUUUAAUAAACUAUUUUGAGAAGGCGGCUCUGCCUCAGUUUAAUAGGAGUCCUUGGGAAAAAAAAAAU